AUGGACGAUACCUGUCUAAUUCAAUUCACUUUCAAUAAUAUUUUUUUUUUCUUUCAGUUCGUAGUAUUCGCCGCCUUCGUUGCCGUCGCCCGCGCUGGCCUUAUUGGUCAAGCCGCUUACUCCGCUGCUCCAGCUGUAUCCUACUCCUCAAUCUCAGCUCCAGUUGCUCAUGCUCCUCUUUCCUAUGCUGCACCAGUAGCUCACACCUAUGCUGCCCCAGCUGUAGCCGCCUACGCCGCUCCAGUCGCCAAGACCAUCAUUGCCGAAUCUGAAGCUCCAGCCAACUACGACUUCGGAUACUCCGUCAACGACCCACACACCGGAGACAGCAAGACCCAACAAGAAUCUCGUCACGGAGACGCUGUACAUGGGAGCUACUCCCUCAUCGAUGCCGACGGCACCAAGCGUACCGUAGAAUACACCGCUGAUGCCCACAACGGUUUCAACGCCGUAGUACACAAGGAACCUGCCGCCGUUGCCGUCAAAGCCGUAGCUCCAGUCGUAGCUAAAGUAGCUGCCCCAGUUGCCUACGCUGCUCCAGUGGCUCACUCCUAUGCUGCUCCAGCCGUAGCCGCCUACUCCGCUCCAGUAGUAGCCAAAUACUCUGCUGCCCCAGCCGUCGCCACCUCUUACUCCAGCAUUGCUGCCCCAGCAGCGGUAGCUAAAGUAGCUGCCCCAGCUCUUUCCUAUGCUGCUGCCCCAGCUUUGUCUUAUGCUGCUCCAGCUCACUCUUAUUACCACCACUAAAUAACUUAACUCAUAAGUGAAUGCCAUGUAAAUAUUUAUUGUAAAUAAAAGUUAAAUUAUGUAUUUAAUUCUUAUUUAAUUAAUAAUCGAACAAUUUUUUUCUACA